UCCUUGCCGUUAGCUGUGCUGCCAUGAAGUAAAAGACAUUACUUAAUUUUAAAACGAAUGCUUCUGUCAUACUCAGAUAUAAUCGGUGAUUGAGUUAAACACAACACUAACAUGUUUGUGUGUAGAUAGCGAGCAGGCAUCGCUUACACACUGACUGAGCAGCCUGGUUUCUGUGUGGAGCAGAGCAGCCAGUCAAGAUGGACACCGCGGAGGAAGCGGACAUCUGUCGGGUGUGUCGGUCGGAGGGGACCCAGGACAAGCCGCUCUAUCACCCCUGCGUCUGCACUGGCAGCAUCAAGUUUAUCCAUCAGGAAUGCCUGCUUCAGUGGUUGAAACACAGCAGAAAAGAAUACUGUGAAUUAUGCAAACACCGAUUUGCAUUUACACCAAUCUACUCUCCAGACAUGCCAUCUCGCUUACCUGUGCAGGACAUCUUUGCAGGGCUGGUCACCAGUAUUGGAACAGCCAUCAGAUACUGGUUCCACUACACACUGGUGGCCUUUGCCUGGCUAGGCGUGGUGCCUCUAACAGCAUGUCGAAUCUACAAGUGUUUAUUUACCGGCUCUGUGAGCUCUCUCCUUACGCUGCCACUAGAUAUGCUUUCAACACAAAACCUGCUCGCCGACUGCCUCCAGGGCUGUUUUGUUGUCACCUGCACGCUGUGCGCCUUCAUUAGUCUGGUGUGGCUCAGAGAGCAGAUAGUCCAUGGUGGUGCCCCUCAGUGGUUGGAGCAGAAUCCUCCCCCUCUGGUUCCUAACCCACCAAACGGUCCUGCACCAGCUAAUGAGGGUCCAGGUGGUAACGCUGCAGUCAACGCCCAGGCUGCUGCGGACGCUGCAGCAGGCCAGAACCCCGCAGACCCUGCCCCAAAUGGGCCGGCACCCGCCAACCCACACGAAGCUGGAGACCAGGCAAAUGAGGCUGAGCUCGAUGACGACGAAGAGGAUGACGACGGGGACGAUGAUGAAGAGGAGGAGGACGAGGAAGGCAGGGAAGAAGACGCCGCAGACCCCAAUAACGGAGGACAAGAAGAUUUGAACUGGAACGCUCUGGAGUGGGACCGCGCAGCAGAGGAGCUCACCUGGGAAAGGAUGCUGGGGCUGGAUGGCUCUCUUGUUUUCUUAGAGCAUGUCUUCUGGGUGGUGUCUCUCAACACACUCUUCAUUCUGGUCUUCGCAUUUUGCCCGUAUCACAUUGGCCAUUUCUCAGUGGUUGGACUGGGUUGUGAGGAUUAUGUCAAAGCUUCACACUUUGACGGUCUCAUCACCACCAUACUGGGGUACAUCCUGCUGGCCGGAGCUCUCAUAGUAUGCCAUGCGUUGGCUUCAUUAGUGAAGUUCCAGCGCUCCAGACGGCUCCUGGGCGUCUGCUACAUUGUUGUCAAGGUGUCCUUGCUGGUUGUCAUGGAGAUAGGCUUGUUCCCACUGAUUUGUGGUUGGUGGCUCGACAUUUGCUCGCUGGAGAUGUUUGACGCGACUCUGAAAGACAGGGAGCAGAGUUUCGACUCGGCCCCCGGAACCACCAUGUUCCUCCACUGGCUGGUCGGCAUGGUCUACGUCUUUUACUUCGCCUCCUUCAUCCUUCUUCUCAGGGAGGUGCUCCGGCCCGGUGUGCUCUGGUUCUUGAGGAACCUGAACGAUCCAGACUUCAACCCAGUCCAAGAGAUGAUCCACCUUCCCAUCUACAGACACCUUCGGAGGUUUAUACUCUCUGUGGUGGUGUUUGGCUCCAUAGUUCUGCUGAUGCUUUGGCUUCCUAUCAGGAUCAUCAAAGUGCUCUUCCCAAACUUCCUUCCCUACAACGUCAUGCUUUACAGCGAUGCUCCUGUUAGUGAGCUGUCGUUGGAGCUGCUGCUACUGCAGGUUGUGCUGCCGGCGCUGCUGGAACAGGGUCACACUCGCCAGUGGCUCAAACGGCUCGUCCACGCCUGGACAUUCACCGCCGGAUACAUGCUUGACCUCCACUCCUACCUGCUGGGGGAACACGAAGAAGAUGACAACCAACCAAACAACAACCCUCCCGGUCGCCAUAACAACAACAACAGGAUCCCUGGUCUGGGGGAGGGGCUUCACGCCGCCCAUCAGGCCAUCUUGCAGCAGGGCGGUCCUAUAGGUUUCCAGCCAUACCACCGGCCCAUCAAGUUCCCCCUCAAGAUAGUUCUGCUGGUUGUUUUCAUGUGCGUGACGCUGCUGCUGGCGAGUCUGAUCUGCCUCACGCUGCCAGUGUGCGUGGGCCGCUGGCUGAUGUCGUUCUGGAUGGGCAGCGCCAUGGUUCACGAGCUGUACACUGCAGCCAGCGGGCUGUACGUCUGCUGGCUGUCCAUCCGAGCCGGCACCGUGAUGCUGUCCUGGAUGCCACAGGGACGCAUGGUCAUCAUGAUCAAAGCUCAGGAGUGGACAAUGAUGAUCGUGAAGACGGUCGUGGUUGCUGUGCUGUUAGCCGGGGUGAUUCCUCUGCUGUUGGGUCUGCUGUUUGAGCUGGUCAUCGUUGCUCCUCUCAGAGUCCCGCUGGACCAGACACCUCUCUUCUACCCCUGGCAGGACUGGGCCCUGGGCGUGCUUCAUGCUAAAAUCAUUGCAGCCAUCACACUGAUGGGUCCUCAGUGGUGGCUCAAAACUGUCAUCGAGCAGGUGUAUGCUAACGGUAUCCGAAACAUCGACCUGCAUUUCAUCAUUCGGAGGCUGGCUGCUCCGGUCAUCAGCGUCCUGCUGCUGUCUCUCUGCGUGCCCUACACCAUCUCUAAAGGCAUAACGCCCCUGCUGGGUGUACAACCAGAGAUGCAGACCCUCGUGGACAGGAGGAUCUACCCUUUCCUGAUGAUGGUGGUCAUACUGCUCGCCAUUCUGUCCUUCCAGAUCCGACAGUUCAAACGCCUCUACGAGCACAUCAAAAAUGACAAAUACCUGGUGGGACAGCGGCUGGUGAACUAUGAACGUAAGUCAGGCAGGAGCACGUCCACCUCCUACAGCACCUCCUCGUAGGAUCAGUAGGAGCUGACCGACUCCGCCCAGCGCCGAGAGCUAACGUGAACUCCUGCGGUGAAACUUGUUUAUUUGUUUCCUCCCCGCUCGGCUGUUCAAACCCAACCCGUAAACGUUCAACUGCAACCGAAUCCUUUUUUUAAUUCACAGACACGAACAGCAAUCACAGGAUUUUGAGACAAAGGCCGGGAGAGAUACGUUGAGAAAAGAGAGAGAGGACGAAAAACAAAAGUCUCAUGGGAAAAAUUUGAAACUCAGCAGAACCACAAAGUUGUCCAUCCUGUUUAAACGUGUCAAUUUCUGUCUUCAACCAGGCCGACAUUUUUAAGUUGGAUUUUCGUUAUUUAAAAAAAAAAAAAGGUUUGGGACAGUUGAGCAUAGCUUUUUACCUCAGAUCGUGCUUCCCUUUGAAUGUGUGUUGAGAAAUAUUGUCUAGGUCACACUGGGUGUCUCUUAAUGGGACAGGGUUUUUUUUUUGACAUUUCACAGCUGUGGAGGAGAUAUUCUGUGUUCCUGUUGUGGAUUCGCCUCAAAUGACAUCCUCCAUUCAUCAAAGUGAGGUUGUCUGUAAUAAGGAGGGAAAUACGUAAUGUAGCAAUGUGAUUGUAUUUUUUAUUUUUAUUUAGAUGUUUUUAUUAGAUGUGGGUUUUUUUUUUUUAGUGUUACAUUUCUGGAGUGUGCUGUUAGAUAGUCCAGUGAGGAUUCUUUAAACUAAAGAAAAAGAAAAUAAAGAAGACAAAACAAAUUUUAGUCAAUCUGGACACAACACAGGACGUGUUGUAUUUUGUUCUCCUGUGAAUUUUUAAAAGCAGCUCCUUCCUGUACUCCUGGUUUGUCACAGUUAUCUUAGUGAAGGCAAAUCCACCCUCAGGAGAGGAGAAGCAUUAGCCUGAAAAAUGUUACAUUUUGAAGUGCACCACACAGGAAGUUUCAACUCAAAAUAUUUCAACUGGAAAAAAUGUCUUUCAGAAGGCGCAUCUGUACAUUUUUUAAAGAAAGUUUUAUUCUGAAAGGAGAAAAAAAGACUGAUUCUCUGUGGCUAACUCAUGCUGCUACAACAGCUUAAAACAGACAAACUGAUGCUGGUCUCACUGGAAAAAGUGACUGUAGAAAAUUAUUCUGACAGCUGACAAACUAAAGUUAACCAAUCUCAGUUAGAGCAAACUAGCAGCAGUAAUGUCACAGAGUAAAACUAUUUGAUAAAUGCAGGACUUUUUAAAGCUGCCGUGUUUACCAGCUUAUAAAAAACAGAAGGCUUUAUUUUUUCUCCACUGCGUCAUUCUGAUGAGCGUAGCCAGUCACUGUCACCUGCUGAGCUGAAUCAUCUCAUAAACACUGACUGUAAUACCUUCAUAGUGAGAUAUCGCUCCUCUGCUCCUGUUCCAUGAAGGUUGACGUUCUAUUUCUUGUGUUGGUGGAAGUGUUCUUUAAUUCAGGUGACGCAGCACGUAUCCGCUGUCAUGCUGCUUUUGACGUUUACCAGCCUGAAAAUAGUAAAAGUAAAUACUGAUAAUUACAUUGAUUCUGACAGCUAAAUGCCAACUGAAAAACAGUGAGCCAUCUGUUGAAGAGGCAGUCAGUCGUUAAAAAACUAAAAAUGCCUCCCCAUCUUUUUAAAAUUCAGUUUUGAACAAGCCACUGUUAAAUAUUUCAAUAAGUGCACUUGACGUUCCUCUGCAUGUGCGCUGACUUAACCUGUAGUUUCUACGUAAAAUGUACACAGAAAGAAAGCGUCUCCAACCCCUCUGCUGAAGCAUGAACUGACACAAGUCUGUAGAUACACUAAAUGUUUCUUCACAUCAUGCAAGUCAAUAACAGAACUCGUGUUACAACACCACAGUUUGGUUUCUCUCCAGUGUGGAUGGAUCAUAGAAAACGCUUUAGACUCCUGCGUGAGUUCAUAUCUAACAGGAAGGGAGUCACGGUUCAGCAGGAGGAUCGUCAGUUGAAGAGAGAGAGAGGGAGGGGGGCUUCUGAAAGUAAGAGGGUCUCGUCGUGUUGAAAACGUACUGAGUAGAAAGCGCCGGAAAAGUCUCUGCUCCUGAAUCUAACACCGUUCUCUUUCUUUGAUCGUUGAAAGCUUGUCGUCUGACUCCACCUGUGAGCUGAGUAGGUUGCUGCACCCUGAGUUGCUCACUUUCAUCUGCUUUCUUCUGGGGUUUUUUUUUUCUUGUUUUGUUUUUUUGAGGGGUGAGUCAUUCUUUGACUGUUGUUUUUACCACUCACAGAUUCAGGAUCAGUGGGUUCCUCUAUGGAGGAGAAGUCACAGAGAGGCAGAAGAAACUCUCAUUUCUAGGCUCUAGUGUGAAGUGUGCGGGGGGCUGUUGUAGCUCAUUGUGGCGUUUGAUGGACGUGAGCUGCUCCAUUAAUCCGAGAGCAAGACUGUAGUUUGAUUGUAUUGUCUUUUCACCUCCUUCUCCUAGUCUUAUAUUCUUAGUUGUUUAAACACCACUAUAGGGAUGGUGUAGUAAAGGAAAGGCUAGUUAGAGGAAAAACAGAUGGAGGUGGCUUGUUCUCAUCUGAUGGAGUUGACACUACAUGAAGGAAACAAAGUGCGAGCUGAAUCUUUAUACACACCAACAGUUAGUCUUGUUGCACUCAUAAACUCAGAACAGAUUUGCAUAAAGUGGCGUCUGUACUCCAGGACGACAAAAACAUUAUGGGUAGAAACAUGAGGCCACGCGUGAAUAAUCUCUGUGAAAUAUCUGCAUGAUCAUUUUGUGUUUUGAAUGAACUUUAGUCCACGAGUUUACAAUUUUAUAGGAAUAGCUCAUCAGUUUUGGGAAAAUGCACUAACCCACUUUGUUGCUGAGAUUUGGAAGAGGAGAUCAAUACCUCGUUUCUUUCUGUUAAAUAUGAAGAUAUAUAGCUAGGAAACAGCUAGCCUAGCUCUGUUCAUAGGUGAAAAAAUACCAGCACCUUUAAAGCUCACUAAUUAACAAACAUUAUGUCUUGUUAUGUUAAAUGUGUAUAAAAAAAUAACCGUAAAAACAGCAGUUAUGGUUUUACAGGGGGUUAUACAUUGGAACUAUAUCUUGGUGGGUGUAGUGACUUCCUGGAGGUUGUCUGACAACCUCACAGCCUUUCAGAUACGCAAAUGUAUUGAUCUACUCAUGUAAGUUUUUGCAAGAAAGUGAAGUAUAUUUCCCAAAAUUGCAAACUGUUCCUUUAAGGUCCCAGACAUUUCAGUUUCUACAACUACUUUUACUCCCAAAGUGUUUUUUGCAUGUGGAUGUAAAAUCAGUGUCCAGGUGUUGUUCUCCCUAUGUCUCACAUGUGUGACCGUAUCAUCUAAGAUUCAGAACCGUCUGAAUUCGUACUUUGCCAUAGCCAAUAAAGAGCUAAACCAUUUCAAAGGAAUUAAAGAUUAAAAUGUGAACUGCAAGAAUUUGAAACUUGGGUGUUCCAAUCACUCAGAAACUAAAAUAUGUUGGUUUAAUGAUCCCUGUAGUAGUAAGCUUCUUAAUAUGUUCUUUUUCAUCGUUUUAAAACUAUCUGCUGCCAAUAUGAUUCAAAUCAAAUUUUCUUAAUGGUUUUUGCUACUAAAAUCCUGAUAAAGUUGUUUUAGGUUCCUCUCCUUUUUUUUGGACAAUGAAGGUCGAGUAGAAACAAAGAUUUUUUUUUUUUAGUUUUUCAUGUGUUGCACUUUAUACCACAGUUAGUUUGCAAUCAUUUCAGAAUCCAUUGUAGCACAGUCAGCGUAGCAGGGUUUGUGCGUGUGUUUUUUUAUUUUCUCCCCACUGUGACUGAAACAUGUCAGUAUUUCACUGUGGUGACUCUGCACAAUGGGUUUUACUUAAAAAGGUGAAUUUAAAGGACCAGUGUGUGAGAUUUAGUAAUAUCUAGUGGUGAGGUUGCAGAUUCCAACCAUUGAAUACACCUCCCCUUUCGAGCAUGUUGAAGAACCCACGGUGGCUGGGAAAAAUGUGAAAGGCCCUAGAGCCAGUGCUUGGUUUGUCCAUUCUGGGCUACUGUAGAAACAUAACUGUGCAGCAUUGUGGGCUCUGUGGAAGAGGACCUACUCCCUAUGUAGAUAUAAAAGGCUCAUUUUUAAGCUAACAAAGUCCGUUCUGCUAGAUGCCACUAAAUUCUACACACUGCACCUUUAAAGUUUUGCAUCUGUUUUUGACACUGCAUUCUUGAUAGAAGUGUUUCAUUAGGAGUUUGGUAACAAUAAACUGCUUUUCUAUUGAAAUGGAUUGUGAUUUACAUUAACUUUAGUGCUGACAGCUGUAGUGCUGCUGUGUGGAAUGCUCACAUGCUAUGUAUGAUGCUAUUUAAGUGACCUUUUAGUAUCUCCUUGAACUGAGCUGGACACUUCAAAUUUUGAUCUUGAAUUUCGAUUUCUAUAAGCAAAUGAUUUCUAUUUUUAUAUGUGAAAACAAGGCAGCGGCAUGUACUGUAACAUAAGACACUUAUUGUUGGUUCAGCGACAUGAAACAAUAAUAAAUAGUUGUAACAAUU